AUGUUGGAUACUUUGUGCAAUUCCAACAUGACUUCGCAAUCGCAGGCAGAGUCCUACGCUACUGCAAUCCUUUCCGGCCUAUUGGCUCUGGUUACAAUUCCUGGAAACGUCCUGGUCUGCCUGGCAGUUCUAAAGACGUCGAACAGAAACAUCCGAAAUCCUUUUAACUAUUUCGUGCUGAGUCUUGCCGUCGCCGACCUGGUAGUCGGUUGCCUGACCGAACCAUUGUCGGUUUAUGUCCACGUGAAAGAAGCCUCGGGUGGUCGUGUAGAGCACGUGGAAUUGGAGUUCCUUCACAUGUCCUAUUUCAUAUCUUGUACCUCUUCCGUGUUAAGCAUCUGUCUUCUCGGAAUCGAGAGAUAUGUUGCAAUUACUUCGCCGCUUAAGUUCAGGCUGUUCUUCAGUGUACGAAGAUUUCUUCUUCUGGGGACUAUACUUUGGUUGACAUCGAUAGGCCUGUCAUCGAUUUAUCUCGUCACAAACUACACGACUUAUGCUCUGAUCUUCAGCACAAAUGCGGUCGGCUGGACUCUGGGCGUGAGUAUUUUUACGUACACCAAAAUCUUGAGGACGUUCAACGAAAGGCUGAGAAACUCUGCAAUACAGCGAAGAAAGAAAACAACGAUGUCGAGUGAAACAAAAUCGCAGUCGGCAAAUGUCGGGUUGCAGCCGGUAAAUCGUCAUCAUAGGUCGCCCUCAAAACAACCGCUAUCCCCCGCGGUCGUUCCAAAACACAAAUCCAGGUUAAGUCCCUCGCCUGCAACGCAUGAUGGUAACGAAUCUAAGUCUAAAACGCACCACGACGCAAAGGGAAUGAUUCCAAUGACUAAAAGUAAAAAAAACGAUUCGCUCCCUAAUCCGUGGAACGUGAAGUUAACGAAAACCUACCUGGUUAUCAUAUCGAUAUUUCUCGCGUGUUAUUUUCCCGCGUGUGUCGUGAUAUACACUAUGAAAUGGUGCAGCACGUGUAGCUGUGAGACCCUGCGUUAUUUGCAAGAUUUGCAGUUCAUGAUCAUAGCCGUACAAUCCGCGUUGAACCCGUUCGUGUACGCUUUCCGCUUCAAACGUUUCCGGAACGCCGUGAUGCAAAUGCUACACUGCCGCCCGCGAACGCGAGCUAAUGUACGGUCAACGGUAAACUUCAAGAGUAACAUGGCCCUAACCAAGAGCACGUUGUCACUGCAAGUCUCCGCGAUAAAGAAGCACUCUUCCGAAGAAUUAUGAGACAAAAACGGUAUUUGGGCCUUGGAGCCGAUAUUGGGCUGGAACAGCGGGCCCAAACAAACAAUGAU